AUUUUGCCUAAUUAAAAACCAAACAUAUUUCACCCUUUAAAAAACAGCUUAAAACCUAUCAUUCUUUUUUUUCAAUCCAACUACUUUCAAAGUUGUAAAGAAACAACACCCCAUUAGAAAUUCAAUAUUUUCUAGCCAAAAAUAAAAUUUCCCCCAAAAUUCCCGCUAGACCAGGUCCAAUCUACUCAUUCCCGUCAAUCCAUAAUUUUCAAUUUCCCCCUUUUCUCCCCUUCCUCUUCCAAGCUUUCUCCUUUCUCAUCCCCAUCUCCUCGCCCUCUUGUUUCCAUUCGUCACCCUUCUUUUCUUACAAUCAUCCGAUUUCUGGGCUAGGGUUUUUUCCACUUUCCUCGUUGGAAAAAGAUGACGUCGGUGAAGAAAGGUUUGCCGCCGGGCCUCGUUUCCAAUCUCCAGGAAGUUCUGAGCAGCAGAAAGGGUGGUGUCGGUGAGCAAUCGAACGAUGGACCUUCUACUUCUUCUACUUCUGCUGAGAACGCUGCGGCAGGGGAAGGAAAUGAUGAUACCAGGCCUAUUGUUCUGGUCACCAAUGGCGAUGGGAUUGAUUCCCCUGGUCUUCUCCUUCUCGUGGAAGCUUUGGUUCGUGAAGGAAGCUACAAUGUCCAUGUCUGCGCCCCGCAACUGGACAAAUCAGCUUCUGGUCAUUCUGUUACACUAGGAGAAACCAUAGCUGCGACUUCUGCUCAAGUUAGUGGUGCUACUGCAUAUGAAAUUUCAGGGACUCCUGUGGAUUGCGUCUCAUUAGCAUUGUCUGGAGCACUCUUUUCUUGGUCAAAGCCUGUGCUGGUUGGCCUUUUUAUGCUCUUAUUAUCUUUAGUUUACAUAUAUCUAAGGUAUCACAGACUUCAUUUGCAAUUACAUUUAAGUCAUUUUGAUUUUCAGGUCAUUAGUGGAAUUAACAAGGGAUCAAGCUGUGGUCACCACUUGUUCUACUCAGGUGUUGUUGCUGGAGCUAGAGAGGCAUUGAUAAGCGGCUUCCCAUCUCUAUCAAUCUCACUUAACUGGAAGAAGGAUGAGAGCCAAGAAAGUGAUUUCAAGGAUGCUGUUGCUGUCUGUUUGCCAUUGAUAAAUGCUGCUUUGAGAGAUAUUGAGAAGGGGGAUUUCCCCAAGAGAUGUUCUCUGAACAUACAAAUCCCUACCUCACCAUCUACAAACAAAGGUUUCAAACUUACUAAGCAAAGUAUGUGGCGAUCUACCCUCAACUGGAAUGCUAUUUCUGCAAACCGGCAUCCUGGUGCUGGAUACAUGUCUAAUCAACAAAGCCUUGGCCUACAGCUAGCCCAGCUUAGUCGAGAUGCCUCUGCUGCUGGAGCAGCACGUCGUGUUACCAAACAAAAGACGAAUGUGGAGAUUGAGUCAGUUGGGGCCUCUGGGAAAACCGAAGUGAACAAAUUGAAAAAGUAUUUCAGACUGGAGGUAAAUCAUUCCUACCCACUGUCACAGUUAUAGUUUUGAGCGGCUUUAGUGGUUAGAGACGGCUUUCCAUAUCGUUUGCUUCAACCACUGAUUCAAAGAAUUACCUGCUUUGCUUGCUGUCAGUUUAUGGAGAAGGAGCUAGAAGACACAGACGAGGACCUGGACUUCAGGGCCCUUGAAAACGGAUUCAUUGCAGUAACUCCCCUCUCACUCUCACCCCACAUUGAACCCGAAAUGCAAACAGCAGCCUCGGAAUGGAUCUCUUCUUCACUUCAAGAGAGCCAAUAGGAAAACAAAAAGGGGGCUUCUUCUACUACAGAUACCAGUCAACUAUUUACAUCAUCAGACUAUUUUUGUACACAUUGACAGGUUAUAUUCAUUUGCUAUUUCCCAAUUCUUUCCCACUCUGGUUUUUUUUCCUUCUUUUCCCCCUCCAUUUUGAUGGAAUCUUGGGUCUGGCUUGUUCUUGUGUAGCUUUUCUUCUUCUUCCUCCUGGGAUACUAGUGUAACUCAAAACUGCGGUGGCAGGGGUCUUAAUUAUAUGCCCCCUUCCUGCAAUGGCCCUCUUUCAUCUGUUUUUUGUAUUUAUUUUGGUUUCUUGAUAUGUAUUUGAUCAAAUCUUGUAUCAGAUUCUGGCUUUUAGAGUCCAUGUAUUCAAGUCUUCAAGUUGGUGGUAUCCAUUGC